GUUUGUCGGUCAAAUUUUCAUCGCUGUAUCAUGUAUACUACAAACCAAUAGAACGAAUAUCUAUGGCGUCGUGCAGUUGACUGCUGAUAUGGUAUCUGUGUUGUGUCUGCGUGAUGCGUGUGUACGUAGCGCCUCACAUUUUCACGUACUUCAAUUUUACGCACAGAUGCAAUUAUUACUGCUAAUUACAGGCUGUCCAGUUGUACCGGAAGUCCUGGACGUCUUGAAAUCACCAUGGCAGUUUUAAUCGGGUGCUCAAAUGUUCUAAAGUGUCUGAAUACGUAUGUUCAUUUACGUUGAUCUUAUCAUCACCAUUCUGUCAUUUGGUAAUCUUGCAAGUUUAUUGAAACUAGCUUUCUAUGGCAACCCUGUACUGCAUUAUGAGUCACUUUUAGCAUCGCUGUUCUCUUUGAUAUCGCGUAACGAAAACUCUGUCGUACACAAGUAUAAGUCUGGACACUUGGGUCUGUGAAUCGUACUUUUAGUGGUUGGUUCACUUUUGGUUUUUAGCCACAAAUUGUAGAUACCAUGCAAAUGUUGGUCAAAGAAUAGAAAAGGGUGGAACAAUCAGAGCGAAUACAGUACUUCGAUAAAAAAGUAUAUUUUCCAAAGUUUGUCAUCUCAAGUGGAAACCCAGGAUCAGGAAAUAUAAUAAGUACUUUUUAUAAUGCAAAAUCUUGCGUGUUUGUUGGCCGAUGUGAAUUGCAGUAAAAAAAAUUGCAUACUGACAAUGUCCGUACUAAUAUUGUUUGAGGACCCAAAUAGCAAAUCAAGAAUCAGUUAUGAAUAGAUGAUGAUAUCGACCACGUUGCAUUGCAAUUUACCAUUCAUGAGAUCUAAUUCAUGUUGAAAACGAGGUGUAUGGUGUGGGUGAAACCAUGAUAAAUUCUGACUUUGUCAAGAACUUUCUCGACGUCACAGAAUCAUAGACUCUCAAGUAGAAAAGGUAGGGAUUACUGAAAAUUGAGAAGAUGUUACAAUAUGCUGAUUAGUUUUGUAGAUUGAUGAAAAUCUAUCAAAGCCAUGGGUUCUAGUAUGUCCAGUGAUAGCGACUCAAGUACAACCGAUAUUAAGAAGAAAAGUGUCAAGAUGACUGAUAAAGAUGAGAGAGUUUGGACAGAAAUGCAUCCAUGUAAAGAAUGUGCUGUGGUAGUAGAACGUUUACCUGAAGAAGAACUGGCCAAUUUACUGGCAAGGAAUGCAACUAAAUUGAAAACUAUGGAAAAAUUUCGCCCACGUAAGACGGGAUGCUUCGCGGUUUCAAGAAACCAGCAGCAAACCAAAACAUCCGACGAACAAAAUAAUGUGAAAGAUCUGAAUCUGACGGACAUCAUGACUGAUGGUAAUUCUGAGGUGAUUACAAAAAAGAUUUCAAGUAAUCAUGCAGCUAGUAAAAAACGCAUUAAAAAAGCAAAAAGGAAGAAGUCACUCAACAAAAGUACAUCUUGCAGAAAACCCAACGUGAACCAUUGUCAUGAUAAAUCGCGCGAAUUUCAACUCUCGUUACAUACCAAAAAAUUGGAUAGUGAAAAAUCCACUGAAUAUCAAGAUUGUGAAAAAUAUCCAAGUAGCAGAAUUCCGCGAACUGAUGGCAUGUGUAAAAUUGAAAAUAGUGAGAAAAGUUUGAAGGUUUGUGUAAAUGAAGCGUCAGUGUCAAAACGAUUCAAGCUGUCUCUCAAAAGAACAUUAACUUCUGAUGAAGGUUUACAUAACAAAAUCUCAGAGACUAAAAAUCUGAGUGAAACUAAAGAUGAAGAUUUCGAAAAUAACGUAAAGAUUGCUUGCAAGAGAAAAUUAUACGCUUCUCAAAAAGAUGCGGUGAAUGUUCCUAAACUGAGAAAGCGUGUAAAAGUUGAAUAUUUGUCAUACACUAAUCGCAGGUCAAUUAAUAAACGUAAUUCUCUGCGCAACAGAGAUUCGGAUCAUGUGGACACAGUUAACAUUGAUCGCAGUCAAAAUCAGAAAAAUGAUAAUAUGGUUCCAAAGAAAUCAUCACACCUGAAAUCUCUACAUGUUGCAGUUAAACGACUGAAGAAGCAAGAUACGACUACACCUAACAAAGUUGACCCAGUGGGGCCCUCAAAUCGACACACAGAAAAACAUGAAACAGUUUUUAACAAUCUGAGUAAUAUUUCACCUAUCAAAGCAACAGUUCAAGAUCAACAUAUAGCCAAAGAGACUAGGAACAGACUGAUUACAGAUUAUUUUUUCAAGAUUGAUAAAAGCCGUGUUUUACCAGAAAAAACUGUGAAAUGUUUGGAAGAAAAAGAAAUGGAGGAUGCAGUAUUGAGAAAGAAAUGGAACAUUCACAAAGAUGUGAUUAUACUGUUGAUAGAUUUUAAAGCAUUGAAAACAUCCGAGUCGGGAUAUGUUGCCUCAGAAAUUGAAAAACUUUAUCAAAAAUAUUCUUCUUCAUUUGUUUUUGGCAACCUCUCAAAUCCAACUUUAAAUACAUCUCACUCACCCUACAGACGAUCGUCUACCAAUUUCAUUGACGUGUCUUCGAUGAGUGACAAUGUGGUGAAGAGUCCUCAAAACUCAGUUCACACUGUUACAGUUCAAAUGGAAACAAGUGCAUUGUCUAUCAAUGACAAACCUCCACAUUUGGAAAGAUAUUCACCAGUAAAAAGUGUAGAAGUUUCGUUGAACAACAAUUCAUCUGUAAUAAAUUCUGAACCAGGAGCAAGAGAUGCAGAGAAACCAACAAAUCGGAUGGAUCAUACAGAAAAUUUGUCUCCUCAUACCAAAGAAGAAAGUAAACGACAUAUGGAUAGGGAAUUGCCGCGUCUAUCUUGGAUCACAAAUAAUCAUGAAAUUAGGAAUCAUCUUAGUCGGACUUCAGAAAAGUCAUUCAAAAUAGCAUCUGCUCUUACAAGACGAUCAUCCGUUUCUCCAAAGAAACGAAACGCCUCACGAUUAGUCCAAGAUAAACCAGAAUUAACUAAUGCACAAGUUCCUAGGGCGGAAAUCACUACUGGUGUACAAAAAGUAACCAAAACACCAGAGAAAAUUUGCAUUGUGUCAUUAACAAAGAACAUAGAUUUUUUGUUUGAUAGUGAUGAAGUGCGGAAGAAACUAAAUAGCACGACGUUAGUCAGUAAUAAUUCUAUACAUGUUGUAAAUCAGCCAGAUACAUGUUCAGUUUAUGGGUCGGAAACAAAACAGCCCAAAAAAUCAUACGGAUCUGUAUCUGCUAAAGAAAAAGUGGCUAAAACAUCUUUUCCUCUCAACGGCAUGACAAUGUUAAACCAUUCCGUAAUGGAUGAACAAGAUAUUUGGAUGGACCUGGGUGAGAGCAGUGAUAACGAUGCACCCAAAAUCAAUACAGCCGUGGAAAAUGAUUAUACAGUGCAACACAGCAAAAGUUCAGAAAUAAGUCCGAAUCUCCACAACACAGUAGUAAGUGGAACGGUACCUUGUAAUACCAUGAAAUACAUGUGUACUGAUUCUUUUGCUAUUAACGAUCGUGCAUGUACUAUUGAAAAUUGCAAAGAUAAAAAUGCUAGCACAGAUAUCAGAUGCCCGGCUGAGUUUACCCAGAACUGUCUGUCAUUGAUAAAAAAUGUAACAUCAAAGACGACUCAGUAUCAUUCACCAGAUCGACCUGCUUGCAUAACUAUUGAAACUCGCUCAAGUGGAGAGGAGACAUCAACUGGAAGUGGUAUAGUUGAGAAGAGAGAUCACAAUACAGACCACAGCAAAAUAGAUUCUGAUAAUCUUACUAAAGAAAUGUCAUUUGUUGACAAUUAUGUUGAUACAUUUCCAUCGCUCUACAUCGAUGAAGAUCCUCAGUUUUCUGAUGCACAGGAUAUUCCUGCUAUUGAUAUAGUAGAACAACCUGAGUCAUCUGUUGACAAGGAUAAAAGUGAAUCUGAUCCACUAGCUCUGACAUGUACAAAGUCAGAUACAUCGACUUCAAAUGGUUGUAUCAGUAGUGUAGUAGUCGAAGUUGAUCAAGCUGAUGACGAUACUGAAGUAUAUAUGAAAAAAGAAUGUAUUUUUUGCAAGAAGACAUUCAGAAGCACGUACAACUUGGGAAAACAUUUAUCAACGUUGCAUGUAAGAAGUACAAGUAGGAUGUGCACCAUCUGUGAUAAACAACUGGCUACUAAAAAUGUAGUCAAACAUUAUCUUGAACACUGUGGUUGCACAGACAUAUCUGAGCUUUGUGCCACCGAAUGCAUUAUCUGUAAUAAAAAAUUCAAGAAUCGACGAACCCUUGGUUAUCACAUUAGACGUAUGCACCGUAUUGAAAAGAAACAUGUUAGUCCGAAUAUAGCAUCGAAAACUUCUAAAUCAUAUACAUGCACUAUGUGUCGAUCAACAUAUGAUUCCAAAGAAGAUUUGUUUUUGCACAUGCUGACGCAUACUGAACAAGACUUGCAGGAUACCUACGAAGUUGAAAAGGUUAAGAAACAGCUUGAGUCAAUUACAGAUGCUCGAGAAGUGAUAAUUCCUGAAAAUCAAGCCAGUGGCAUUUCUGAGAGCGAAAAUGCUAAAGCUGAGGAACAAGUACCACCGAAACUCACGGGGACUAGUAAUAGUCCAACGAUAUUGGCUGCUGCUGCUGUUUCAACUUGUGAAUUCUCAAUUUGCCUUUGCCAUAAAGCUGAACGGCUCGAAAUGUCAUAUGGUGUAAUAAUUGAACUUGCGAUAGUGUGCAAACAGUGUAAAACAUUUUUUAAAACAAGAAAAUGCUUUGAAGAUCAUUUUGACAGUUCACUGUGCGCACGGAAUAGUUUGAGCAAAGUUACGCCAGCGAUGUUUUGCAAUAAAUGUCGUGUAAUUUUAAGUUCCUUGCAAGAUAUGCACUCGCAUAUAAAGAAGCACAGUGACCUUAACGUAGAAAUGUAUAUAUCAUUGCUCUGUAAACAUUGCAAUAUAUUCUUUUUUUCAAUCGGACAUCUAUUUUACGAACAUUGGUUCAAUCACUGCAAAAAUCCUCUGUAUAUUGCUGAUCAUUCGGUAUUUCCUAAUAAUAUUAAAAUAAAGAUCAUCGAGCCAAACUGUACAAAAGAUAGCAAUAACGACGAACCCACUGAAAGUCUUCUAGUAGCUGAUUAUCAGUGUCAUUUUUGUAAAAAACCAUUUCGAACUGAAGUUGAGUUAAAAAAGCACCUUAUUUCUAACCACACAUGUUAUCAAAAAAUCAAUUCUCCACCUCAAGUCAGCAAAAUUAUCAACCCGUGCUUUAAACUAAUAUGCAGUAUAUGUAAUAAAGAUUUCGCUGAUAAAUCAAGAUUUGAUACUCAUGUUGAAGAGCACAGAACCAUUAAAAAUUUACUACAAAUUCCUAAAGACCUGUGUAAAUCAUCAGGGGAUAAUCCGCUUUCUUGCAACAUAUGUAAAAUCGAAUAUGACACAACAAAAGAUUAUGAAAAUCAUUUGAUCAAACAUGAUAUAAUUCAGGAAAAAUAUGUUUGCAAUUAUUGCGCGCUCAUGAUGGAUAGUAUUAAAGACUUUGAACAUCAUUCCACGGAACAUAAAGGUACACCAGAAAAACCAGUUUCAUGUAAAGUCAUAUUCGCUACAGCCAAGUUUCAUUGUAAGACUUGUAAAUUAUGGUUUGAUAGUCAAGCUAUAUUGGAUAAGCAUGUUUCAACACAUAGCAAUUCGGUUAAAUCAAGACCAGAACUUGUAGAAAAAUUAAUUGAAAAGUCUGCGAAGGCUGUUGAAAAAAUAAGCAUCACCAUGGAGACCAGUCAACAAGAACCGAAUAACCAAAUUGAUGACGCAACCGCUGUUAUUGAGAGAAAUCGGCAAGAAUCCAUUAAAGAUGUUGAGGUAACAAGCACUACCAUUGAAAAGAAUCGACAGGAAUCCACUGAUCCAAUUGAUGACGCAAGUGCUAUUAUUGAGAGGAAUCAGCAAGAAUCUAUUAGUGAAGUUCAGGAAACAAGCACUACCAUUGAGAAGAAUCAGGAAUUUUUGAAAGGAAUCAGGACUGACCAAAUUAACGAUGCAAUUGCUAUCAUUGAGAAGAAUCAAGAAGAAUCACCGAACGAAGCUGAGGAAGCAAGUGCUAUCACUGAAAAUAAUCACCAAGAAUCGAUUAGUCGAGUCGAGAAAACCAUUGCUAUCAUUGAAAGAAAUCUGCAAGAAUCAAACUACCAAAUUGUACCUGAUGAGUCUAUUUCUACGCACAAAAAAAUCACCUCGGGCAGGUCUAUAGUAAUUCCCAGUGUGAUAGACUUAUCUGAUAACUCGAAUUCUAUGGAUAUUGAAAUACUGCCUGGUGAGAAGAAUGCACUAGAAAAAGAGUUUACCACAAAAAAUUCUUUCCUUGAAGAACAGCUGGAAAAAUCGAGUGACGAAGAACCUAAGAAGUUAUCAUUCUUACGUGUUAAAGAUUUGAAAGAACUUCUUCCAUACACUUGUAGCAAAUGCAAUGCUGAGUUUAAUACGGAGGAAAAUCUCAACAAUCAUAAUUGUAACGAGUCGAUAAAAGCACGGGUUAGAGUUAGUUACAUUUGUAAAACAUGUACAGAGAUUGAAUGCGAUACUGUUGUUGAUUGGCACCACCAUGUGAUGAAACACAUCUCGAUAGGAUCUAUCCUAAAUUCUCCUGGCACUUGGGCGUGUAUAAUCGAUGGACCGCAUGGGAAAAAGACUUGUAUAUGUACUAUUUGUCACACGUACAGAAGUGAUAUCCUCAAUGAAAUGCAGCUUCAUUUAUUACAUGGUCACGCAGAAGUUGCUGCUCCUCUUUUCAACUGCAAAUAUUGUCAAUCAUUUAAAACUGACGUAAAACCAGAAAUGGAACGUCAUUUAGCCGCUCAUUUUCGAAGUCUAGAGACAACUCCUACCUCAGCUACCUCAAAUAGCACAACAAAGCCGUUUCGACAACUUGAUAAUUUCAUCAAUUCUCAAUCAAAUUCAGUUUUACCUGUAGGUGGUUCAGAUACUAACUCAUCCGCACAUCUAUCAGUGAAAAAUUCAAACAACGUCGCACAACCAAGUUUGGCAAUACCUGUUAAUAAGGAGAGCAAUAAUAUUCCAUCACCUCUUACAGUUUUACACUCUAAUAACUUUCAGCAACCAAGUCCAAUUAUAUCUGUCAGGAGCUUGGGAAAUAAUUUACCACCGAUUUUAACAGCUGACAAUUCCAACAAUUUUCAACACCCUGUUCCGAUUUCACCUGACAGUAGUUCACGUAACAAUUUAACUCCAACAAAACCAGCCAACAGUACCAAUAAUUACCAAAUACCAGUUUCGAUAUCAUCUCUACCCAUUACAUCAGGCAACAAUGUGGUACCCCAAUUUACUCUGGUUAGCAGCUUCAAUAACAUCCAACAACCAGCGUCAAUGAUUCCAAUAAACUCCAAUAAUAGCUCACGCACAUACACACCGGUUGAAAAUUCUAACAACUUUGAACUAGGAGUUCCAUUUUUACCAGUUCCCAUAUCGGAAAAUAAUUUGUCACCAGACCAGCGAGUCAAUGCUUCAGAAUGGUUAUCGACAAUAGUUCAAUCGUGUCAAAAUCAAUCCAAUAAUAAUCCACAGUUUAACGGUAUCGCCAACAUGGUAUACAGGUUACCUACACCUGCCGCAAACUCUAUAUACUCUUGCAGUAUAUGUCAAAAUUAUCAAUGCUCGACAGAGCAAGAAUUAAAGCAUCACGAGUCUCUACAUCAGCAAACUGAGUACAACGAACCAUCGAAAAAAUCAUACCGAUGCAAGUUGUGCAAACAAUAUCUUUAUGGUUCUGAAGAUAAUCUGAGAGCACAUGUACUGACGUGUCACAAAAGUGGAAAGUCCAACGUAUCUGAAAAUCAAAUCCCAACAGUCGCAGCCCAUGCGUCAUUUAAAUGCAACCAUUGCCCCCAGGUCUUUUCAUCUUAUAAUGUAUAUCUGCAGCACAGAAAUACAUUUCACACUUUCCUUUUUAUCAAUCAACAAGAAAAUGAAACUCAAUUGCAAACUAGAUAUCCUUAUUCUUGUCACAUGUGUUCGACGGGUUUUCUACAAGAGACUCACUUGCAGGCUCAUGUCAGGCAAUUGCAUCCAAAUGAUCAAGUGGCACAUCCAAAAAUAUUACAUAAUCAAGCUUUGUUCAAGUGUGGUAUUUGCGAUUUACUCCUUAUAUCCGAAACGGCAUUGAAUGCUCACAUGAGGUCGCACAAUAUUAUAAAUCAGCAGUAGUUUAGUUAAUUCUUUUCAAAAUGUUCUGACAUCAUUUUAUAUCUUUUUUUACCUCCAAUUUCAUUUUCAUCAUACAAGUUCAUAAUUAAUUUUUCCUGAUACAAAUAUCAAGUUGUACAUAAAACCAUCACUAUACGCGGAAUAUUGUAGAAUAAAAUUUAUAUUCAUACACGAAGAUACUGCAGUUUGCAUAUGUAUCGCUUAGUACUCAUUAGACAUAAAUUAAGAAUGUUGAAUAAUAAUUGUACUACAUAUAAUUGAAUGUGUAUUAGGAACGAUAUUUUAUCCCAAUACAUUCGACUAAUUCUUGAAGCUUCUGAGACUAGUAUAGAUUAAUAUAGUUAUAUCACAAACGAAAUUCUCACUACAAACAGAGCGUUUGGCAAGCUGGUAGAUUUAAGAGUCGAAAAAUUUUCUGAAUGCACCAGAAAAGUUGUUAUCUUAAGAUACAUUAAAGAAGAAUGACGUGUACCAUUCUCCUUUUUUUUCAAUCCAAGUCGAAUCGUUAUUCUAGCAAAUAUAAAAUUCUCAGGAGAUUCCACAUCUGAUAUUUACCAAAAAUCUUGACCAUGUUUCAUUGAUGCGAAAAAAAUGACACAUUUACAUUAAUAUUUUUAUACAUUGCUGUUUCUGUAAUUUUAUAAUGUAAAAACGGAAUAUCGGUCAAAACUGUUUGACAUAAUACCGGUAUAGUAUGUACAUUGGAGUAGAUGAUAAUAAUCGAAAAGUGCACUUGGUAAAAAUUAAAAUUCAAGCUUGAAUGCUUCACUAAAUGACAGUGAUGUUAUAAUCCAUAUUGCACAUGCAGACUAAUUAAUAUUUACAAUGUUAUCUACAACUUGAGAGAGAAACGUUCCUUUAAGUUGUAAAAUUCUGCACUAGCUAAUAGCUUACGACGAUUGAAAUACUGUUGUACAAUGCAUUGUAAUUUAUCUCAGUUUACUCUCUUUAUUACUUUCUGUACAAUCCGUAUGUGUGACCAUUCUAUCACAUUUUCAACUAUUACUUUUGUUUGUUUUGCUUGUCGUGACUCUAAGUACUGUAAUCUGUAUUAGACAAACCGACUCGUUAUUUGCACUCGAUUAAUAUUAAUUUACUUAUAAUCAAAUUUAAUGUAAAAAUUUCAAGUAAGAAAAGAAACAUAUUUGAAAGAAUAUACUCGAGCAUGCAACAGUUUAAAAUCAUUUUCAAUCAGGUAUAAUAUAAAUAUUUUAAGUAUUGUAAUUAGCGAACAACCUAUCGAACAAUAUUAUUUUCAAUUAAGAUAAUACGUUAAUAUUGUUAGGUCGCAUCAUGAACGUUGAGGUAUUUUUCUAGUUCACACUGAGGGUAUCUAUCCGAUAUUUACGAAUAAAAGUAAAUUUGUAACUUGAAUAAGAAUGAGCAACUGUUCUUCUAUUAUAUUACGUCUUCUUUAAUCAAAUGUGUAAAUUUCUCAUUUAUAAUAUAUAUAUAUUAUUAAUUCUCGUU